AGUACGUUGCCAGGCUAUUCUGGUUUUUCCAUCGCUUAAAAUAGUAACGGAAAUGAGAAUUAUGCGCGCGCAGCGUCUCAUUCAACAUGGCGGAGGCAGCAGACGUAAAGAAACGCCGAAACGCCAAUUUUUCGGCGAAUGACUGCUUAUUGCUGGCAAACAUUAUGGGGCAGUCAUCAAACUUAAAUAAAACACUGACGAAUUACCAGUACGUUCGCCAUAAGUUCAACAGCAGCAUAACAUCAUCAACAAAGAAAAUAAACUGGACCAAAAUAACUGAGAACUUUAUUACUGUGGCAGAAGUUCCAAGGAAGACAGAGGACAUUGUUAAAAAAUGGGACAACCUGGUACAAACACACAGGUUAAAGUAUCAGGACUUCCAGAGGGAACAGUCUGCUACAGGUGGUGGUCCACAACCAGGAAAGAUGUCUGCAAUUACUGAGGCAGUGAUGGAUGUAAUUGGGAGGAAUUCAGUAAAUACAGUAGGAAUUCCUGGUUCUACAAAUUAUGAUUCUUCCUUGAUGAUGUUAGAAAGACUGACACAGAAGACCACAGACAACACCAAAACAACAGAGGAUAUUGACAUUAUAACAGAAAUUAUGUUAUCGGAUCAUGACAGUGAGGUAGAUCUAGUGGGGCUGAAAACAUCAAAAAGAAGUCUUCCAUCAACAUCAACAUCUUGCACAAAGUGCCAAUGUUUAGACUGUUCCAGUAUGAGACAACUGAAAAGAAAGAAACUUGAACUUCAAAUUCAGUAUUUUUCAAAAAUUGAACAAUGAAUGCUGGUUUUUGUGUCGCCUCUACAGAGUAGUGGUGACAUAUAGGGAUCACUUCUCCGUUGUCUGUCUGUCUGUCUGUCCGUCUGUCUGUUACAAAACUUGUCCGGACUACUCCUCAUAAACUACUGGUGCAAUUUCAUCCAAACUUUACAGGAAUGAUCAGUACCAAGUCUAGUUGUGCAUAUUGUCAGCAUUUUCCAGUUCAAUGAUUUUUGUCAGAGUUAUGGCCCUUUAAUAUUUUUUUUUUUAAGUUUGUCCGGACUACUUUUCUUAUACCACUUAUGCAAUUUCAAUGAAACUUUACAGGAUUGAUUUGUAGCUCAAGUCCUUGCACAUAUUGCAUUGGUUUUCCGGUUGAAUGAUUUUUGGCCGAGUUAUGGCCCUUUGAUAAAAAGGUGUUAUUUCUGUGUGUUGCCAGAUACACAAAAGCUUGUCCGGACUACUCCUCAUAAACCAAUGGUGCAAUUUGAUCCAAACUUUACAGGAAUGAUCAGUACCAAGUCUAGUUGUGCACUGUCCGUCUGUCUGUCCGUCUGUCACAAAACUUGUCCCACCAUGAAAUUGGCCAUCAUGAGGCGACACAUGUGAUCACUGAUCACUCUUGUUUUAUACAUGAACAUGUGCUAAAUAGAGGAUAUUUGUUUGUUUUGCAUGUAAGAUUGAAAUAUAAUUUCACUGAGUGAACACCAGAUGCAAUAUUUUCACGAGUGGCGUAGCCACAAGUGAAAAUAUAAUAGCUGGUGUUCACGAAUGAACUAUAUUUCAAUCUUAUAUGUAAAACAAAUAAAUUUUCUUUUUAUUUCAUGCCUUUUAAGUGAUUUUAGGUAAUUUUUACUGAUUUUGCCGGUAACGUCGCGCAUUCUCCUUCGUGACGUCAUCACAUCAUGACGUCACAUCAACAAGUUUGAAAUAUAGUUCUGUUAAAUUUCUCUAAUUUUGUUGAUCUGUGUUUAUUAAUAAUUGUAACCAAACUAA